GUUUGUUGACACUUGCUGUUGCUUUGGGCUGCAAUCAACGAUAGCCAGUGCGGUUCAAUGAUCCAUUGCUGGGUGUCCAUGCUGCGAGGGAAUGUGGUCGUCAGUUGUAUGGUUCAGGCGCUGACACCCAAGACAGACACAUUGCUUGAGCAAUUAGAAGAUCCGGGAGCAAGAGUCAGGAAACCUCUGAGCUCAUGGAGUGGACGUAGUACUUUGGAUCGUCUGAUCCUGAGUGCAUGAGUUGUCACUCGCUGAGGAAGCGGAGGCACGCCAUUUGGAAACUGGAACAGGAAGGGCGAUGACGACCUGCUCCGUGAUAGAUCCUAGUAUUUGGAUCGAGGGGUCUGUAUGAGGAAACGAGAAUCAUGUUCGUUCGAACGCAUUGGGCAUUUGAAUCGAGGUGGGCCUUUAUCAUCUACUGAACGCUCACACGCUACUGAGCGCAAUCGUGCGGGUGAACUAGCUCGCCGCAAGCAAGCUCCAUGGCCUUGGUUCUGCCCAUCUCUUCCGGCCUUCUUACGGUUCCAUUCAAUGGACGAGGAGAGUUCAUUGCAACCUGCUGUUCUUCCGGCCUUCUUACGGUUCCAUUCAAUGGACGAGGAGAGUUCAUUGCAACCUGCUCUUCUAGACGAGCCGUGAACCUCUCAGCUUCUACUUCAUGUAGUUCGACAUUGAGGUCAGAAUUUCUGCACAGUUCAAUACAAGUGAGGAAAUUCGUAGUGAGAAAGCACACAGAACGAUGCACAGUUUCAAACUCGCUCGCUGGAGAGCGGCAAGGAACUUCAGGUUUCCGUGAAUUGAAAAUGGACUCUGGACUCUCCGAAGCUGGUCGAGAGUCUUCACCUUUGCCUGAGGGAGCGACCCCUCAAGAUGCAGAGUACAUGAGGAUGGCAGUGGAGCUUGCUCGGAAAGCAGUUGGGCACACUUCACCCAAUCCGAUGGUGGGUUGUGUAAUUGUCAAGGAUGGCCAGAUUGUAGGUCGCGGCUUCCAUCCCAAAGCUGGAGAACCACAUGCCGAGGUCUUCGCUCUGAGGGAGGCUGGGAAAGCCGCUCAAGGAGCAACGGCGUAUGUCAGUCUAGAGCCAUGUAAUCAUACUGGACGUACGCCGCCAUGUAGUCAGGCUUUAGUUCGUGCACGAGUUGGUCGAGUGGUGGUGGGCACGGUGGAUCCCAACCCGUUGGUAGGUGGGAAGGGCGUGCAAACUCUGCAGAAGGCAGGCAUCAAGGUUGUGGUUGGAGUUGAGGAGGCCCUUUGUCAGGCCACUGCCGAAGCCUUUUUCCAUAGGAUUGUCACCAAGAAACCAUUUGUAAGUUUGAGGUACACUAUUUCAAUGGAUGGAGCAGUUCUGCGCAGUCAAGGCACGACAUCAGCAGAGGCAGGAAGUAAUUACAGCAUUUUGCUUCAAGAAAACGAUGCGGUCAUCGUAACAGACAAGUGCAUACUCGGGAAUCCAAAAUUGCUGUCUUCUGAAGCGGGAGCAAAGCAACCUCUUAGAGUAGUCGUAGCAAAGUCUUUAGCACUGCCUUUAGAUUCUCACGUCUUCGAUACCUCCUCGGCCCCUACCCUUGUUAUCACAGAUGCUAAUGCAAUCUCAACAGACCUGCAAUCCAACAGCAGGCAGAGUGCGGAGUCGAUGGAGUCCCUUCUCAGAUCAAGGGGUGUCGAUGUAGUGGCCAUGAACGAGGUGAAUUUGGAUGCUGUGCUGGACUUGCUCUAUCAAAAGGGAUUGAACUCCGUUCUUCUGGAUUCCACUCUCUGUAACAUAGAGAAUUACUUGGGCCCAUUAGCUCUCUCUGAGCAGGGCCCUCAAAAGGUGGUGGCAGUCAUUUCACCAGUUCUUGUAGGAAAUAGAACAGAUGGACCUGGGUUUCAAUUUGAAGACGACAACUUGAAGCUGGAACGUGUCACUACGAAGACAUGUGGGGGAGUUGUGAUCGUGGAAGGCUAUGUGUCAAAGCGGCCUGUUACAUAGAAGGCAGUUUUCACAAUGUCUACAAUGUUUCCAUAUAUGUAUCUGGCCCAAGUAAGAGCUUCACUUAGUACGCUUUGGAAAGUCAAUAAGGAUCUUGUUAGAAAUAUCUUGUAAAUGUGGGAUCAUGAAUCCUUAUAUUGAAUUGUCAAUAAAAA